AUGUCUCUGCUGCGUGAAGCGUUUCUCAAUUCCAACAUUUACUUUCCUCAUCGUUUUCCGCGCCUCGUUCCUUUUGAGCAGAAAAGACGAAUGCAAGAUAAUGUUGCGGGCUUCGCGCCGAGCCCACUCCGGUCAUGGAGAGGGUGGCACCGUAAUGCCGCAACGCAUGAAGAACUCGGGGGGAGUCGCUGCGGCUCCGGGUUUGGUGCUGUGGGCGCUUCAGAGGAUUUGAACUCAGAACAACAAGCUGGCGAGCAGCGUCAGCAGUCAUUUCUGGAGGAAACGGCCGAGACGUGUUCUGCACCACUCCAAAGUAUUCAACAUCUCGUGCCAGAUAAGAAAAGCCGCCACUUCUCUUCCGCCAACUCCAGCCCUUCCCCAAAUACCGAAAUCGGUGUCGGUUGCUGCUGCGGUUUUGAAGCCGUGUGCCCCACCGGUCACGCAGCCGUCUCAAACCCCGGGUUGGGAGCGACGACGGCUGCCGAUGGGUUGAAUUGUGUCAUUUCUGAACCGCUGCGAAGGUCUGAGCGGGAGGAUGUAACCGCAGUCGCAGUUGAGGCAUUUGUCGAUGCGGUUUCUGGAAUUUCCUCCGCUCUAAUGUUACUCACGGAAAAUAACCAAAAACAGUUUGAGUCUAUGGAAACACCGUCGGGAGAGAGUCGUAUUGGGUAUAAAGAGUAUCAUGCGUUGGUUGUGGCUCUAAGGGAGAGGAGCGCAGCUCUCUGUUCUUUAGUACGUGAACGGCGCGAGGGGCGGCUGAGGCUAAACGGCUCGCAGCGGCCGCUGAAACAAGCAAACGAAAAAUUUCCGCUUGAUGAGGGCAAAGUAACACCUGGAUGUCAUGCGGAUGUCAAAACUCAGGAGACGCGAUACCAUGCAAAUUACCGUAGUGAAAAGGAGGUGCCGUUUCAACUGGCGGCCACCGGUAAAGAGUUGAACGUGUGUAAAAAGUCACCGUUACGAUGUGAAGUUGGGCGGCUGCAGGAUUCUGAAGCUAGUGUAACCUUUCCGGAUACGACCUUCUGUUCCUCCCCGAAGAAACAAAAUAUGGAUAGUAAAAAGUGCACGUGGCGCCCCAAAACUUCGGGAAUUGCUUGUGCGGCACGAGAAGCGAUGGGAGUACAAGAAGCCCCCCCAAACCCUCGCCUCCGUCUUGUUGACACCGGAGGACAAUCGCCGUAUCGUCAAAGGUUAUGGUUUGUGGAGGCCCCUGCAGUUGUUCACUACUCCCAAUGGACCUCUCCUCCAACAAAUCGCGCCCAAACCGGAGCUGGUGAGGACAGUAACCGAAAAGGAAGUCAAAAAACCGCGCCGCUUACCGUUUUACUUCCAUCCCGUCGCGACGCCCCAAAGUAA